AUGGCAACGCGUGGGCAUUACAAAGCUUUCCCUUCCUUGCAUGAGAACUCUUCGACAAUAGUACAUACGUUUAUUUGGAAUUAUGAUGAUGUCAAAGCAGGAUGGUAUUUCCUCUCGUCUAACAACCUUAAGAAUGUCCUCCAACCGUUUUUCCAGUUAUUCUGGAAGAAGAAGAGAUCGAAGGGAGAACCCAAGAGAGAAAUUCUCGCAAAUUCUGAUAUAGAUUCACGUUAUGUAUUGAUCGUAUCGAAUGGUUACGAGGAGGUACAUAAUUGGUGGUAUGCCAUAAUUCUAUUAUUUAGUUUUGAGUCUCUCUAUCUCUCGCGCGAGACUUUUACAACUCAACACGGAAAAUUGAACACUAUGGAAUCACAGGAUUCCAAUUCAACCAGCAGCCGCUUAUUCGGAGGGUCGCUGGUUAUUUGCACCUAG